GUCCGCAGCACCAUUGCCCUGCAUGUGAGCUGCUUCAAGCCUCACAAGUCUUGUUUGCUAAUUAGCUGCGCAGCAUGGCCGCUUCUUCAUGGGGCUUCGCUGCCUUCAAGCAGCAAUCGUCGUUCCGCCUGUCCUCGUCCCUCCGCGCCGCUCUCUUUGGCCCUCGAGAGCAACUUCUCCGGCCAAAUGCCACCCACAAUUCGCGAGGCUUUUCCUCAUCGACACUGCGCGGUUACCAGUAUCCAAAGUCGCCGCUGAGUAGACCAUCUACAUUCGUCAGCAACGACCCGGUCUUGCGACAGGUAGUGCAGACACGGCAACCUGUUGUUUUAUAUGAAGCGCCAAAGAGCAAGUGGUACUACUGGAAAGUUUAUGGGCUCGCGGCGAUGUGGAUGGGCACAGGAGCAUACUCCAUCAAGUUUCAGGAAGACGUGAAGGAUAUACCAGAUCUGCCCUUCUUCGUCCGGCCGACGUACGUGGUGGUUGGAUUGAGUUUCAUCGCCAUCGGCUGCUACGUUUGCAGUGCACCCACAAACCGUAUGCGCUCGCUGGAAGUAGUACCUAGCAUGCUGGGUGGCCCGUUGCAGUUGCGCAUGGCAGUCAGACCAUCGCCAUGGGCAAAAGAGCGCAUUAUCUACUCAAGUCUAGGAAACGUAACAAUAAGUGAAAAGUGCCAGCCUAUGGUUUUGGAACUGCAGGAGGCUGAGCGGGCAAGGCGACAGAGUGUGUGGCAGGAUCUAGGCCACAUGAACAUAGUCUCAAGAGCAUGGGAAGGUUCUGCACGUUGGGUACACCAAAAGUGGACAAACUUCUUUCUGAAAUUCAAGUUUGCCGUGCUGCGAUUUGGUAUUGCGAAAGUUGAGGUGCAGGGAGAGAAGUGGAAGAUCGACUGCUCAGGAUACCUGCUAGAGGACGGGAAAGCUGUCGACCGUAUCCUACCCGAAGAAUAGGGUUUUAACGAAACACGUUGACGCUUCCUUCAUGGACUUUGCUACCGCAGCAGGCUGCAGUGCCAUAUACUGUAUAAUCAAAAUGUACAAAGCAACUGUAGAAUAUACUGAGAGAUAGACACUCAGAGUAAGGCUUCUAUUAGCUCGGCCGUGUCGCGUAUGAAUUGAUGACGACCCUUGCGAUCUCUCUGUGAGAUGCCAAGAUAUCCUAAUCGUUCUGUAAUACUUGUAUCUCGCCAGACCACAAACAGAUUGAGGUGUCCAACAAAUACAGCGUUAUGUAAAUACUACUACAUAUCAAGUGCGAUGUCAAAGUCGUGGUCAUAAUUCGUCGCCACAGUGCGUUGUUGGUGUGGGCUGGGCACCCGCCUCAAGGACGCAUUCAACACCAAAG